CGCUGCGCUGCGCUGCCUGCAUCAGCGGACGCGCACGGUUUCAACGCACCGCUGAAGCUUUGUUUGCCUCCCGAACGUCGUAGUGACAUAUCGGAUGGUGCUCACAGCGUGUCCGCUUCCUGACGGUCGGUGCUGUUCGACGCGCGGGCUGCACGCAUCGAACAGAAAUGGGAUUUUAAUGGCGCAAAGAGCGGACGCUCCGGCAGCGUGUGCGCAGACUGUACGCUCGGCGAUGUUGGCCAAGGAGUAAAAACAGCGGUGUAGCCGAAGGUGCAGAAAUUCCAUCUCGUUUCCAUGGACAACACGUCCAUAAUAACACAGGUUGCAAAUCCGAAAGAGGAGGAGAACAAUUCUUCAGGACAAGAUAAAGUGUCUCAGUCCAACAGCAGCUUAAAGAAGCACAGGAACCGGAGCAUUUUCAGUCCCUUCUUCUGCUGCUUUCGCAACUACAAUGAUUACCACGUGGAGCCGCCGCCCACCAACAACAAGACACACUCUCUGCCCCCGCCGCCAGAGGAGAAUGGCAGUCCUCCCAAGUGUGACCAGGUGCAGGUCAUCCCCUUCCCCAGUCCUCCAGCCCAGUUCCUGCUUCCAGAUGUCAGCAUAUCAGACUACGGCAGGAACUGUGUGGUGAUCGACCUGGAUGAAACCCUGGUGCACAGCUCCUUUAAGGUAUUGCUGUCACUUCCCAUCAGCAAUGCAGACUUCAUUGUUCCAGUGGAGAUUGAUGGGACAGUUCAUCAGGUGUACGUACUGAAGAGGCCGCAUGUGGAUGAGUUCCUGCAGAAGAUGGGGGAGCUUUUUGAAUGUGUUCUCUUCACAGCAAGUUUAGCAAAGUAUGCUGACCCGGUGGCGGACCUGCUGGACCAGUGGGGGGUGUUUCGCGAACGGCUCUUCAGGGAAUCCUGUGUUUUCCACAGAGGAAACUACGUUAAAGACCUCAGCCGACUUGGCCGAGAGCUCAGUAAAGUCAUCAUCGUAGACAACUCACCUGCCUCGUACAUUUUCCACCCUGAAAAUGCUGUUCCGGUGCAGUCCUGGUUUGACGACAUGUCGGACACCGAGCUGCUGGACCUGAUUCCUCUGUUUGAGGGCCUGAGUAAGGAGGAGGACGUUUACAGUCUGUUGCAGACCCUGAGGAUCAGGUAGCACAUAGCAGCUCCAGUUGCGCCCAGCGGCUCCAUGGUCCUCCGCCCCAUCCUACAGCGGCCUGGCCUCGCUACCACACCCCUUCUGCCUGACUGGCUCUGAGGGUUCCAGCAUGGCUCAGACACUUCCCACCUCUGGAUUCUUGGACUCAUUAUUUGUACAGGACUUUCCUGCAACAGGUUAUAUUAAUGUCUGUAUAUAUGAUGUUUUUAAAAGCGAAACAAACACAAAGUAAUUUUUAUAUCAGAGAGAGAAGGUUUUAUUCUUUCAAGUAAUAUUUUAGUUACCAAAAAUAAUCAAAUACAGUUUUUGUUUUUGAGAGAGAGAAUGGAUGAUAUUUAAGUUGAUUAUUAUUAAUAUUAUUAUUUUAUGUGUUUUUUUUAGCUGUGCUAUGCAGGCUGUUUUAUUUAUUAAUUAAUUUAUUUAAUCUUGUGUCUUUUGUUCGAACAACUGUGAUUGAUCUUACCUUACAGAAUGAAGUGCCUUCAUUACUGUGCUGAUUUAGUUUUGUCGUGUACGGGGGGUGCACAUUUUUAUGCUGUACUCGGAUCUACAAAACAAAAUUUAAUCUUUAAAUUGAAGUAAAAUUGAGUAUAUCUGCUAUUUAAGCUGAGAGCGUGAAGAGAAUCAUUUGUAGAAAUGUAAUUAUGUAGGUUGUUACCCCAGAUGAUUCUUCACUUUUCACCUGGGUGACACUGAAUUGUGAAAUUUACCAAACGUUUUUUAUAAUUGAAUGUGAUUUGUGACUGAAAUACAUGAUGCCAGUGACUUUAAAUGGGUUCUGAUGACCUUCCAGUAAUAACUUAAAUUUUUCAGGACAACAUAUAAUGAUUAGAUUAGUUACAGUUUUAUUUAUUGGGAAAAAAUGGGGUUGGGCGCAUUGUAAAGAAAUGCUAUUAAAAUGGUACUGUAUUGCAUUAUUAAAGUUGCAACUUUGCACACUCUCA